AUGCCCGUGAUGGAGGGCGACACCUCGCAGGAGGCUGCGUCGGCCGACACUCCUGCCACCACGGCUGCAUCGGACGAGCGGGCGCGACCGCUUGCUUCAUUCAGACUGCCGGCGUUUGCCCCGGACGAGGCGGACCUCUGGCUGCUCCAAGUUGAAUGUGCGUUCGACGUGGCUGGCAUUGCCGAUCCCGUCACAAAGUUCAAGCUGCUGGUGGCAAAUCUGCCUACCAACGUGGCGGCCCAAGUACGGGACGUUAUCGUCAGUGCACCAGGAGACUUCGACGGGCUGUGCACUGCCCUCCGCCAGCGCCUCGCCCAGUCCCGUGCCAGCCGCCUCGAGGCCCUGCUCCGGCAUCAACAGCUCGGCGACAGGUCGCCUUCCCAGCUUCUUCGCGAUAUGAGAGGACAACUUUCAACGGCUGGCGACUCGUCGGUGGACAGUGGCCUACUGAGGACCCUGUUCCUCCAGCGGCUGCCGCAGUCCGCCCGCGCCGCUCUCUCGCUCCUGCCGGAGGCCACUCCGCUGGCAGAGCUCGCAGAGGCGGCUGACCGCUUCCUGGAGGCGUCUCGGCCCACUGGCGCCGUCUCCGCCGUCGGUGCGAACUCCAGCCCGGCUCCUGCGGCCACGACUGGGGACGGAGAUCUAGCUGCCGCCAUCGCUUCCCUGUCCGCCGUCAUCAGCCGGCUGGACACCUCCCAUCGGCGGUUGGAGGGGGCAGUUGCUGGUCGCCGCUCGCGGCCAGGAACGCCUAGGCGUGGCUCCCGGUCGUCCUCGCCCUCCCGCGACGAGCGGGAGGAUUACUGCUGGUACCACCGCACCUACGGAGCGCGGGCCCGAAAGUGCACUGGGCCGUGUGCGUGGACGCCGGCGGGAAACUCGGAGGCCUGA